AUGGCGGCCAGAGUGCAAAUGCAACAGGGCAAUAACCCGACAGAUUAUCGCAUGUACCAGGUCCCAUCGCGCAGACCCGUCGGGGCAACUCACCACGCCGGUCUGCAAUUUCAGCAGCCGCCUGAGACUCCGUCUCCUCAACAACGAGUUGCCCCGAACUUCGACCACCUGCAAUCCCACUCACGCACCCGAACAACUUCAUCGACCGUUCUUCCGUACGUCGGUAAUUCUCAGCAUAUUCGCCACCAACAUCAACAACAUCAUAUCUUCCACCGUCAGCCACAUCAACGCGCGCAACCUGCCUCUACAGCGGGGCCGGUCCCCACACGCAGUUCCUCAAGCGCUACAACCUCGACUUCAUCGACUAGCGGCAAUCAUCAACGGCUUACUCACACAAUGUCUACCAUGUCCUCGUCCGAUAUCCAUCGCAGCAGCUCUUCGCGGUCGACAACCGCUCCGCUGAGCUAUGUUGCUCUCAUGAGGCGGCAAAAGGGCACCGUAUGGUGCGACCGCGCCCAACCCGAAGAUCCGCGUCUACAAGCCCAGAAACGAGCUGCGAAACAACGAGCCGGCAAAGCGGCUCCCGGUUACUCGCCUUCGACUCUGGUUGGUGCCAUUGUGCCUCCUCGAUUGAGUGCAAAUGAGAUUGGCGACGACGAGGAAGAUGAUCGUUCUAGCGAGGGAGCUCCCUACCACCGUCGUACUGGGAGCGCCCGAAGUUCUUUAGGAAGCAUGCAUCGUUAUCCUAGUGGUUAUCAGCGUCCACAAGGCAAAACGCCUCCAAACGAACAGGCAAAUAUUCCCGAAGUUGUUGAAAAUAGCGCAUCGGCGGCUCACCCGGAUAAGGCUCAAAUACCCCAGGACACCAUCAACACCAAUUCCUCCUCGUCAUCACAAAUGGACCUCCCCACCGAAGACCAUGAAGGCGAAAAUGAUUUUGGAAGCCUGGGUGAGAUGGGUGCUCCAGCAGCCGCCAAUAUUACCAUGAACAAAGCAAAGAAGGCCGAUGAUCUCCGACGUCGUGGUAGUGUCGAUGACCGCACCACAAGUCUGACGGGCGUGAGAUUAUUCGUCGCCAACCCGGACGCAGAUGAUUAG